AUGAGAGUUGAGGAAUGGAACAUUUGCAGUGAGUUUGAUGAUAUUCUUGAUGAUGUGAGAGGAGAAAAGGUUGCCAGCGAUAAGAUAUGGGUAUCCAGGAGCAGUGGUGAGCCAUUAUACGAUUUGGAAUUUGAUGUACGGUUAGAUUCCAGGGGUAAUGUUGGGUUUCAUAAUGCGAAUACUUCUGAUAAAAUUUCCUUUCAAAGGGUAAGGCCACAUUUAUAUGAAUUGACAGGACCUGAUGCGACAGCAGGACAUUUAGCUUCGUUUCAAAGUCCGAAAAAACGGUUCCAACUGCCUUCUGAUAUUGGAGCUGUUGAUUUAACAAGUAUAGAUAUCACGAACGUGUUUGACCCCGAGAUACGUUUGGUUUGUGGUGAUACGAAUGGUGGCAUAUAUGUGCUACGGAAGAACACCGGUACCAAUUAUAGCGGUCCAUUACAAGAAGUGAUAAAGUUACCGGAAGCGCACGCUAGUCACAUCACCAAGACCCAAUUUUUCCCUAACGGCCAUGGAUUCUUAAGCAGUAGUAUCGAUAUGCGCUUGAAGAUUUGGGAUGCUUCAACCGGUACUGAGCUCAGAACUUUCAUAGGUCAUACUCGGUCAGUCAACGAUUUUGCCAUGGUCGAUAGAGGUAGAAACUUCGUCUCUGCAAGUUCGGAUGGAUCAUUAAAACUAUGGGAAUGCUCAACUUCAGCAUGUGUCUUUACGCUCAAUUCAAACGAUGGCAUAAAUUGUAUUUCAUUGGCCAAUUACCAGGGAAAUCCAGCGACCACAUCGUACAAUGCAUUGGACCAUAGCAACGAAUACAAUACUGAGGGGAAAGCUGUAUUUGCUGGACACGACUCUGGUAUCAUCACGUUUCAUGAUAUCUAUAACAGAAAGAAGAUAUUGGAUAUUUUACCGGCAAGUAAAUCUGCAUGUGUCACUCUAACGAGCCAGCACAUUGCAGGUGAUGACCAUUACCUAUUUGCUGGCUAUUCGGAUGGUACGAUAGUAUCAUGGGAUACUCGUAACGUUUCCAAACCGGUGGAGACGCUCCAGGUAAAUGAUAAUGAUUCUAUCUCAAGAUUAUUCUUGGCACAUAACACGUUGAACGUUUCUAGUGGGGUCCAAUUUGCUUUCAAUGUACCUGUUUUGGACGGGAAAUUCAAUUUCAAUAAGCUUACACAUCUAAUUCGUCCUUAUGAUGAAGUGACUGAUUUCUGUGUUGAUGAAUCACAUCAAAAUGUUUGGUGCGUCGGAAAAAAUGGUAUGCUAUUGAAAUACUGA